UCGAAGUUCAAGAACUGCUAACACCGCUGUCCAACCUGAUAGGAAGACCGCUGUCCAGUCGUUUCCACUACAAAACUUGAUGACAAAGAUUCAACAAAAGCGUCCACUGCACAUGGUUGUUAUAGGAGGAUCUAAUACAGCAGGAGGAGGAAUGCAUUACGAAAAUGAAAUAUAUUACAAUAUAUUUACCAGUUGGUGGAACAGAGAAAUAAGCAAAACCACUGGCUCUAGUCUGCAGGCUCAUAAAAUCGCCAUCGGCGGAACCGGAAGUGAUUUUUUUUCUUUCUGUUUUCAAAACUUCUUACCCAAGGAGCAACCAGACAUGGUAUUGGUCGAGCUGUCUGUUAAUGAUUAUGGAUAUAARUAUGGCGAGGCUGCUAAGCCCAUGGAGCUAUUGACUCGUAGACUUCUUUCACUGCCGUCGAAACCCCUCGUGAUGUAUGUACACUUGGUUGAUAGAGGUAUGUAUUGGAAGAAUGUCACGAACACUGGCUGUGCUAACAUGGAAGACCUUGGAUUUACUAAGCUAGCAGAGCAUUAUGGGAUUCCUUCGUUCAGUUGGCGCGACUUUUUAUGUCCGCUGACCAGUUCUGGCAGUCGAGAGAAAAUGAACWYCGAAACGAAUAUGUUUAAUAAGGACGGGUCACACAUUGGUAGUAAAGCGCAUGCGCAGGUCGCAUCUAAGAUAAUCGAGUAUUUCAAGGAAAGUUUUACAUCGUAUUUACCUGGACAAAAAAGAAGCUUUGGCGAUUCUCAGUUGACUGACUCAUUAAUCGAGCCAGUUUUCUUGAAGUCUUCCUUCAGCAACACAGAUGUGGCUUAUUCACAGUGUCUGUCCUUUCUGACAUCAGACUGGAGGAUCCCACUCCGACAAUCUCUGACAUUCAAGGUGACGCAUUCUAAGGACUUCAAGUUCGUAUCACCAGCAACUUCGAAGAAAGUCACGAAGCACUUGCCAUUCCGCACUGAUGCGUACGGGUGCUGGGCAUCCGAGUCCAAAAAUGGUUUACUCAAAAUUCAAUUCCUUGUCUACGAUAAAGGUCUACCAACUCGCUCAGUUGCUGUGAUCUUCAGGACAAAGGACAACCACGCGUCCACGAAGAUCUGGCUAGAUGACGACCAGAAGUCCUCCAUUACUGUCGACAGCAAUAAAUGUGGACAUCACAUGUACCAAACUCGAUUAGAACCCUUAGCAACGGGAAUCUCCCCUGGUUACCAUACUCUUAAUGUUAUUUCUAACGGAGGUGGAUGGUUUGAGGUCAGCGGUAUCGUGGUUGGGUAUCCGAGUUACCAAGGUUACGAGGGUUACAGACCGUUUGACGUCAAAGCAAAGAUGUGGAGUCUUGAAAAGUUUGAUAAACUUCGCUGUUAAACCAUUUUGUAUAUGACUAUU